GAGGCAAGCCAAUUUGGCCGAGAGCCGAGAACCAAUUGCGAUUGUAACUGGCAACGUUUCACGUUCUGGGCUCGCUCAGUAUACGUCUAGCUACGAAAAGUUAAAUUAAUUGCAGAGAAUUCCAACGAGAGUUAACUAAAAAGCAAAAAUGGCGAAUCGGGAAUUGGAACUGAAUUCCGGAAUGCGUUGCGCUAAAUACAUGCUCCUAAUUGUGAGCUUUAUGUUUGCGCUGACGGCCAUACUACUGAUCAUGGUAGGCACAACCAUUCAAACGAUCUUCGGCGACUUCAGUCUCUUCAUCGACGGACACUUCUCGUCGCCUCCCGCGCUCCUCAUUGCCAUUGGCUUCAUCCUGAUCGCUGUAGCCACCUUGGGCGCCUAUGGAGCUAUCAAGGAAAGCGUCAUGCUAAUUAAUUUGUACGGCGUCGCCCUCUUCCUUGUCUUCAUCCUGGAAGUGGCUGCGGCCAUCGCUGCCUUCGUGAUGCAGUCGCAGGUUCGUGAGAUGCUGAUGCGCACCAUGACCAACGCUCUGUCCGACUAUGAAUCGGACACCAAUGUGGAGGCAGCCGUCGACUUCAUGCAAACUGGCUUGGGCUGCUGUGGAGUUGUCGAACCCGAUGACUGGAGGGAGUAUUAUUCGUACAACAAGAACGGAAGCCAUCUGGAAGCCGACGAUGUCGUGGUGCCCCUUUCCUGCUGCGCCGAUUUGGACAAGACUCCCAACGACAACAACGACUACAAUUGCCUGGAACCCUACGAAUAUGGCUGCUUCCGUAAGAUGAACUUCAUCAUCUCCCAGAGUGCCAUGCUGAUUGCCACCGGUGCAACCACAGUGGCCUUUGUGCAGCUGCUCGGCGUUCUCUGCGCCUUCAUGUUGGCCAAGACGCUGCGUCGCAACAAGUCGAUUCGUGAGGCACGUCGCUGGCAGCUGCAACAGAGCCUGGGAGUGCUCAUCUCUGGCGGCAAGGUGGGAUUGCCAGUGAACUCGGCCAUGAGCGGAUACCAGCAGCUGGAGAGCAAUGGCGAGGUGGGCACCCAUGAGCCAUAUACUUACACACCACAGAGUCCCAGUGUGAACUAGAAGCAGAGUUCACACACUGUAAAAAACAUUUAACAUAUACAAAUAUAAAAAAGAAUUAACAUUUAUUAAAAUAUUUACAACUUUUGUUAACUAUAAUUGAAGCCAAAGCGACAUUCAAAUAAAACCAAAAAAAAAAACAAG